AUGUCGCGCCCGAAUUCGCUCGGCUUGUGCACAGUGAAGGAACGGCCGGCGUCAUCGGUCCACGACACAAGCUCGUCGAUGGACGCAUCGUUGACGAGUUGGAACAACUUGGUCGGGAAGGGGGGUGGUUGCGCUGGCCCGGAGGAGGAGCUCAUGGUGAAUGAGGGAGGGGGGACUGAAGGGGGGGAAGGAAAGCUGAAAUGCGUGAUGCGUGAGCCAGAGCGUCUGAAGAAGACGUGGGAACCACUAUGUGAAAGAUAG